UAGCGGUUUUUACCAGCAGAGCAGGCUUGUUUAUAGAGAGAGAAACGGAGAGAGAGGUUUUGGUUCUAUUCAACCACUCUUAAUUUGAAGUCAAAAUCCAAACUUCAAACCUUUGUUUCCUGAGAGUUUCUGAGAUCUGCCAUUCGACAACGCGAGGGAAUGACCAUGGAUGUUCUUCAGCUGCAGAGGCAGCUGCGCGAGCUUCAAGCUUCAAUGCAUCAGGAGGGAUUUAUCGACGAUCAGUUCACACAGCUUCAAAGGCUGCAAGAUGACAGCAGUCCUGAUUUUGUGAAAGAGGUCGUGACGAUGUACUUUGAUGAUUCUGAAAAACUCAUCGACAACAUGAAAAAGAUUCUAACUCAAGCACCUGUUGAUUUCAAACAAGUAGAUGCACAUGUUCAUCAAUUCAAGGGAAGCAGUGCCAGCAUUGGAGCUGCGAGAAUUAAAAACAUCUGCAUGAAGUUCAGAAAUUGCUGCGAGAAUCAGGACCACGAGGGGUGUUGGAGAUUGUUGCAACAAUUGCAGAAUGAAUACAGUUCCCUAAAGGGCCAUCUCAUGUACUUGUUCAGGCUGGAACAAGAGCUCCGUUCUGCUGGUGGUAAAAUCCCCUCACUGGAGUAGAUGGGAAAGUGAGAAUGAUUACCAAAGCCAAAAACAUUUGGUGGUACAGAUGAUCUGUAGGAGUUUUUAAAGGGUUAUAAAGUUUACCAACAUGGCAGUUUCUGAAUGAUUUUGUGGAAGGGAUAGUGCUGAUGUGAAUAAAGGAUUAUUUAUAUAUAGAAGUCCUGGUUCUAUAUAUCCUGUUGUUUAACAGUACACACAUGUUUCACUCAUUUUGUUGAUCUAGUUUAUUUGUUUGAAUUUUGAACCCUUGUAUGAAUAUUGAUUGAAAUUUUAGUUAGGAUUUUCUGGACUGAUAA